CGCUGGGGCCCAAACAGAAAACACCAAUUGCGUGACGCUCCCCAGCGCGCGCCGCCCCUCUCUUGCUCGCAGGCUUCCGUCGGCUUGGAGACGUUCCCCGAGAGGUCCCUCAGGUAAACAGGCAAGAUGGCGGCGGCGGUGUCUUCUUCUUCUUCGCCGCCGCCUUCUUCUCCUUCUCCUCCUCCUCCUCCUCCUCCAUCGCUCAGUCGGGAGGAAGAGCCGGCCGCGAAGACCGGUCCCAACGCCCUGACGCUGACGGAGCUUCCCGGGGAGCUACUGGAACUCAUCCUGUGCUGCGGGGCGCUGAGCGCCGUCGAUUUGGCCCGCCUGGCCCGCACUUGCCGCCGCCUCAGGGAGGCCUGUCAGCCGCGUGGGAAGGUCUGGCGGGAGCAACUGCGGCUCAGGUGGCCUUCAUUAAUGAAAUACUAUAAUCAGGUUGAUAACGUAAAUUGGCUGGACGAAUACAAAGAGCGGCACAAAGCUGGUUUGGAAGCCCGAAGAAUUGUAGCAUCCUUCUCCAAAAGGUUCUUCUCGGAGCAUGUACCCUGUGAUGGCUUCAGUGAUAUUGAAACUCUUGGAUGCCCAAGCCGCUUCUUCGAAGAUGAGCUGAUGUCCAUCCUUAAUAUGGAAGGAAGGAAAGGCCUAACAUGGAAGUACUAUGCAAAGAAGAUCCUGUACUUCCUGCGGCAGCAAAACAUUUUAAGAAAACUAAAGGCUUAUCUUCAACACCCAGCUGAGGAGCAGUCCUUUUUGGAAGGAGCAGUCUUGGUUGACCAGUAUUGUAACCCGCUAUUGGACAUUUGCCUGGAGACUGUUCAGGCCCAAGUUGAUGAUAUCGCUGCUAAAGUUCGUAAAUACUUGAAAUCCAAAAACACCAGACAUCCAAGCGUGACCUCCAAAGCAGGAGAAGCCUUGGUCAUAUCUCAGGUGGAGCUUCAGCGGCAGGUUCUGGAUGCCAUGAACUAUGUCCUUUAUGAGCAAUUAAAAUACAAAGGGAACGAGGUGGAUUACUACAAUUCUCUAAAUUCAUACAUCCGCCAGGUUUUGAUCCACAGGACAGGAAUCCCCAUCAGUUUGUCAGUGCUUUAUUUGACCAUUGCCAAGCAGUUGGGUGUUCAGCUUGAGCCAGUCAACUUUCCAAGUCACUUCCUGCUCCGGUGGUGCCAAGGGACAAAAGGAAGCACAAACAUCUUUGACUACGUUUACAUUGAUGCUUUUGGGAAAGGAAAGCAGCUGACAGUGAAGGAGUGUGAGUACUUGAUUGGACACCAUGUCACGGAAGAAUUUUAUGGUGUGGCCACAGCUAAGGAAGUUUUACAGCGAAUGGUGGGCAACCUGUUAAACAUUGGAAAGCGGGAAAGCACUGAUCAGUCCUACCAACUCCUAAGAGACUCAUUGGAUUUGUACCUGGCCAUGUAUCCAGACAAUGUGCAACAUCUAAUGCUCCAAGCUAGAUUGUACUUCCACUUGGGAAUCUGGCCAGAAAAGGUCCUGGACAUUCUGCAGCACAUUCAAGCCCUGGACCCCUCCCAGCACGGAGCAGUGGGUUAUCUAGUUCAACAUACGCUGGAACAUAUCGAGCGGCGGAAAGAGGAGACUGGACCUGAGGUGAAACUCCACUCGGAGGAGAAACACAAGGACAUCUGCUAUUCUGUCGGCAUGAUUAUGAAACACAAGAGAUAUGGCUAUAAUUGUGUGAUAUAUGGUUGGGAUCCAUCGUGCAUGAUGGGCCAUGAAUGGAUCCGCAACAUGAAUGUCCAUAGCUUGCCUCUGGGGGCUCACCAGCCAUUCUACAAUGUAUUGGUGGAGGAUGGGUCUUGUCGAUACGCUGCCCAAGAGAACCUGGAGCAUAAUAUGGAGCCUUACGAAAUCCCUCACCCAGAUAUUGGCCGCUACUUCACAGAGUUUGCUGGCACUCAUUAUGUAGCAAACACAGAGUUGGAGAUUCGAUACCCUGAGGAUUUGGAGUUGACAUGCACAGCUGUCCAAAAGAUAUAUGAGAAAAAAGAAUGAACCUUUUAUUUCUUUGCAGAGGAAAAAAAAGACUUCAAGCAGUAGUGGCGAAAAUGGCAUUGCAGGGAAGCAAGUGCUCUCUGAUUUAACUAGGUAAUCCUAUUUUGCCCCUAAACUAACAACAACUAGUUUUCUAAUGUAAUCACUCACCUCUGGCUUGCCAAUGCUAGCAAGAUGAUGUGGAAUGCAUGAAUUCUGGAAGCAAGAUGCUACUUGCCCGAAAUGACCUCUUUGUACAAAGUAGCGGAUCCUUUUUACCAUCCCAGACCCUAGGAGCUCUUCUUCUUGACCUGAGGAUGUUUUCCACAGCCUGGAAAGUGACGUGUUGACAUUGUAUGGACAUGAUCUGUCAUAUUGGCAAUAUUUUACAGGUUUGUGUUUUGUAAGUAAUCAGUAAGGUCUCUUCUUUCCACACAUCUUCUCUUUGCAACAGCCAGCAGUCUAGUGCCAAAGUUUGAGAAUGAUACUGAAACCCAGAGAUCUGUAGGAUUUACUAAGUUAAUCUAAUUCCCCACUUCAAGCAAACUGGAACCGCUGCAUGAAAAGGGAAGAGUACAUCAGUCUUCCUCUUUCCCAAAAGCUAUUGAAUUUCCAUCCCACCACAUACACAUAUACCUUGCCUAUAAUAAGGAUGAUCUAAUGGUAUAUUUUUGGGCAGGUUGGAUGAGAACAGCCAUUCUUUUAUUAUAUUUAUCUUGAAGAAAUGGUAGCUAUAAGAUUCUUCUUUCACCGCCUCCCUAAAGUGGAGUAUCUGAGCGGUGACAUUCAAUACUAUCAGUCUUGAAACCAAGUGCCCAUCUUUUGCCAAGCAGAACUCCUGUUAGAGAAACACAGGUAGCAUAACACCUGGCAUUCCUGUUAUUGAAGAAUAUGUGUUAAAUACAGGCUUGCAGUCCAACCAUCAGACCGGUUGCUAGACAUGCAGGGGAAAACUGCUGAUCACACCUCUCUCCCUUUCAUUAGACAUUAUAAGCACUCGUUGCAAAUCUAUGAAACCUGUAAUUUUAAAAUUGGUGUCUCUGAGCAGUCAAUACUUACGGGAUUAUUUACUUCGUGGAACGGCGGGUACGUUAUAAUUAUAUUGUGACUGAUAAAAUGAUACACUUUUACAAACUUAGUUUUGAACAUUUCUUUUACUAGCAACAAAACCACUAUUUUCCAGGAUCGCUGCUGAUUUGCAUGCUGUGUUUUCAUAAUGUUUAGCCAGCACAUUUCUUUGUGGAAUUCUCCAUGUCUCCUGGGGGAACUUGAAAUAUCACAGCAUAGUGGUUAAGGUAUCAGACUACAGGUUAUUCUGUGGCCUCUGUGAGCAAACGUCCUGUUUGGAUCUAGACAGCCACUAGUGCUACCCUAAACUGCUUCUGAGGGCAGAAAGCAAAAGCAGCAUAAUCGGUAGUCAUGAAUGCCCUCACUGAUCAUAGGUAUGUUUUCUCAAGGUUGGGGGGUCAUGGCUGUCUUGGGGCAAUUCAAAUAUUCACAUUACUUGCCCAUUGAGAGUUAAUCAAAAGGCAAAUGGGAUGCAGACAGCUAAUGCAGAGAAAGGUCCUGAUAUAUAUGGAAGAGGUUGAAUUAGAAAGCUGAAAUUCUAUGCAGUUUGCACAUCAUGAAUCCAGAUCUUGCCUCUGCAAGAUAAGGACUUCAGCAAUAUAUAGCCUGAGCUUUCCCACCUCAUUGGGAAAGAUGCUGCUACUAUGUUGUUAGGGAAUAAUGCAUUAAACCUCAGCUUUUCCGUGUGCAACAGGGUCCUUCAAAGCAUGGUAGAACAUUCGCCCUUGGCCCUUGGCCUCCGUCUUCCUUAACCCUGGUUGUGUAACCUUUCUCCAUGGCUGCAUUACUUCCCUCUCUAUACUGCUGGUAGUCAGAUGUUUGUCUGUGGUCCCUCCCUCUUUUGAAGUUAGUCUUCGCAUUUCUGUCUGUUUGCAAAGCACUUAGAAGUUGUCGUUCAUAUGAAAGGUGCUAUAUAAAUAUAUGCAUAUAAAUAAUAAUCAACUAAUACGGUAUAUUAAAAUAGAAUUUGUACAGAUAAUCAAGAUGCAGUUUUGAUCACAAAAUGACCUAUUUUUUCAGGAGAGUUUCGAACGUGGGGUCCUCUCCUCCCCUCCCUUGUCACUUGAUGGAAUAAAAUGUUGAUCUUGUCAUGUUAUGGACUGUAUAUAUGUGUGUGUGUGCGCACGUGCUUUAACUGUCUGGAACUACCAUAGGUACUCAUGUAUAAGUCUAGGGCACUCUCAUAGAAGGAGAUGGUUUCAUUUUUGAAAAAAUGUACAGUAUUGAGUUAUCAACAAAAAGGGAGCUAUCACUUUUUCAAAGUAGACCAUCUCAGAGUAGAUGGGAGUCAAAAUGACCCAAAACACCAGAGAGAGCAGAGGAGGUAGGGGAUUUCUUUAGCUUCUGAUAGGUCAGACUAUGGUCUCACCUUUUGCCACUCGACUCAGGGAAGAAGAAGGCUCCUUUUUUUAUAAGAGUUAAAGUACAGUACUUAACAUGACCCAUAGAUAAGUUUAACAAGUUUUGUGGGUUGCUUUUUAAACUAAAAAUUCUAUACUUAUACAUGAGUAUAUACAAUUCAUACUUUUUAUCCAGUGAGUUUGACAGGACUACAAAAGGGGUUCCUGAAGCCAACCAUAAAUUUGUUUCAUUUGGCAUUUCCCUGUUUUUAAACUGAAUGAGUUCUGUGCCUGCUGGGUAAAUUGCCAAUAAUGACCCCUGCCGCAACACUUAUUUUCAAAUGCCCUUGUGACUGUGAUUUACCAAACUAUAGACCUGACACAACAGCCCAAGCCAUAGUGAAUUACAAGCCUUCAAAGUUCCUGUGGUCUAGCUGUCUUUCAUAAAGCAGUUUUUGAAUUCAUGAAUAAUGAUUAAGUUUCUUUAAAAAAAAUAAAGCUGUUUACUCCCAA